AUGCUCUAUUUGUCCCUACAAACCGGCUGUGUAGUGGCUACGAUAUUCGUAUAUCUAGCUGAGUGCGUUUGUAGCGUUAGUGCCGUCUCGUAUUUUGCAGAAAGCUUGUUAAAAGAAGAAAAAAGAAAACAUCGAGAAGCUUCAGAGAACCUAGCGAGUGAAAGAGGGGCUAGUUUGGAAUUUCACGAGCCGGCUGGAGAGCAACCGGAAGGUCAAAAUAAUCAGAGUCGUGAUUCUAGGGGUGGAAACAGUGCAGAUACAACCUUAAAUGGCUCACCUCACGGUAUAGGAACCAACUAUCAGCUUUCUAGUCAGGAAAGGCCGCUGAUGCAAUAA